GGCUUCCUUAUACAUCCAUCAACUUCGAACUCUAAUUAUCGAACUCUUUCACACAUUUUCAGUGUCUUCCAGCUUCGUUCUCAUCACAUGGCCGAAAUUUCCCUCCGGCCAGUAGCCCUGCUACUAUUCUUGGCUCUCAACUUAGCGCUCGCCUCUGCUGGGUCCCUGAACGUCGCCUGCGGAAGAAGCGACUCGUUCACCGACUCCGACGGGACGUCGUGGACUGGAGACGGCACUUUCGCCACUCUGGGUGUUCCAGCGGUGGUCAACGACACCGCCGGCCUGCCGGAAUCUCUCACCCACCUACGAUGGUUCAUCACGCGAACUUGCUACUACUUUGACCAGAUAACCGUCGGAAGUUCCGUCAACGUCACGACGAACUUCUACUACGGCAACUUUGAUGGGAAGGACAGUCCUCCUCAGUUUCAAGUUCAGUAUGACGGCAAUCCCGAGAUGACCAUCUCCACCGGCUCCGAGACGGUCACCUAUUCCUUGACAUAUAAGGCCUUGUCCGCCACCGUCAACAUCUGCUUCGGCGUUCCCAUAGACGAUUUCACGAACACGGCGUUCGUGAACACCAUUCAGGUAGAAGGCUCCGGUGUCAACAGCGUUCUCCUGAACUCCGCCAGCAACACCGCCCUCGUGAUCUCCGGCAAGAAGAAAAAGGGGAAGGCGAUCAUUGCGGUGCCGGUGGUCAUCGUGAUCUUUCUGGUGGUAGCCGGCGUGACGGUUUUCCUGCUGGUCUCAAGGCAGAGGAACAUGGCACGGCUCGCAAUACAGCAGGGUGCAUACCAAGGUGCUGGGGGACAAGGUGCCAUGGGCCAAUCUGCAGCAUCUCCUUACGGACAAGGCUUUGAUGGUGUUCAACAAAAUCCACAAGGUGUCAAGCCAUAUCCUGCAGGCCCAUGAUUUCUCCUGGUUGCUUAGGCUGUCAAACUUCAUUGUAUUUCUCUUAAUUCCUUCUUCAAGUCAAUUGCAAUUCAAAACGCGUAGGCCCAAGUCUUCGUGAUCAUGAAGAAUGCCAUCUAUCAGUUUGCCUUUUUCUUUUCUUUCUUUUAAUUAAAAAGACGAAUGUUAUUUUUUUUA